GCGGAAGGAUUUUUCUUUUCCCUUUCUGUUUCUUUCUUUUCAGUUUCUAUAUUUAUUCCAUCGUUGAACGUAAGCAAUACGUCAAUCAGAUAAACCGGACAAAAUCUGCUCUGUCCUGAUGAGAGAGACACCUAGUACGGAUACUCCGUACUGGCACUAGGUAUCUAAAAACCCAUUGAAGGCCUAGACAAGAUUCAAAUAUGGGGUUAAUUAGUGACUGGGCUGGUAUACCGUCUGACGAAGUAUAUCGGGCAUCUGUACUCACAGUCCAAUGGUUGACUUUCCGUUUUCUGUCCGUCAAGGUUGCAUUGGAACAUGUGACUGAGGGGUCACUGUACUACCUCCUACUUCCCUUCUUGAGGGCCAUGCUCGAUCGCUGUUUGUUAUCUCAAUCUACCGCGAAACCCCUCAAGUCUGGUUAAUAUCACGGCUUUGGUUCUAUAAAGUCUAGUCUUCACGUUGAAAUGCCCUCGACGAGUUCCGCCCGUGAUACAGGCCUCUUUCCAGGAUAAAAUGUCUGCGAUCGAUGACUCUAUCCCGAUGAAAAUCCCCAGGGUGGAUUUCUCUUCGUGGAACGACCACCAUGACAAAUCUACCCGGCUGCGAGUGGCACAAGAACUUGUCCAAGCUUGCCAAAGCGUCGGUUUUGUCUACAUAGUAAACCAUUCUCUGCCGGAAUCGGUCCUGGACGAGGCCUUCUCAUGGACUAAACGCCUCUUCGAUUUGCCCGCGGAGGUGAAAAUGAAAGCCCCUCAUCCGGAAGGCUGGGCUGUUCAUCGGGGGUACUCGCCUCCGGGGUUCGAAAAGGUCUCGCAGAACCUUAGCACCGGAGACGAUGAGGAAACAAAGCGGAAGGCGAGGGAGAUCCCAGAUGUCAAGGAGGUCUAUGAUAUCGGCAGUGAUGAGAACACCGAGCAGCCCAACCAGUGGAUUCCUGACGAACUGUUUCCUGGCUUCCGGGCCUUCAUGAACAAGUUCUAUUGGGAAUGUAAUAAGGUCGGCGACAGCGUACUCCGCGCCUUAGCCGUAGGCUUGAACUUGGACGACGAGUCCUAUUUGGCUAAGCAGCACUCGGGGCAUGAAAAUCAGAUUCGAUUGCUUCAUUAUAUGCCUAUCCCCGCUGAAGAGCUGGAAAAGGGGCAUGCCACUCGCUGCGGAGCACACACCGAUUGGAGCUCGAUUACGAUGCUAUUCCAAGAUGACUGUGGAGGACUAGAGGUGGAAGACAUCUCUCGACCGGGGACGUUCGUUCCCGUGGAACCUGUCAAAAACGCCAUUGUCAUGAAUGUUGGGGAUCUACUUCAGAGAUGGAGUAAUGGUAAGGCCCAGUUGCUCUUUUUGAGAGAGAACUGGCCAUAUCUAACCUUGAUAGACCGACUUCGUUCGACCAACCACCGAGUCCGGCUCCCACCACUCGCUGACCGAUUCGAGGGCCCCGAUCGAAUGACACGCGACCGAUACUCGAUUCCGUAUUUUAUGACGACUGAUCGGGAGACCGUCAUUGAGUGCAUACCGUCUUGUACGAACGAGAAUGAGCCCCCAAAGUACGACCCUAUCAAGCAGGUAGAUUACACCAGGAUGCGAGCUUCUAUGAUGUAUGAAAAGUGAUAUUUCCGUCCAUUGGGCCAAAGUGGUAUGGAGAGGGAAAUGAUAAUUUGGCUUC